AUGAAUGAAGAUAAGGAUGAGAACUUAAAAACUUUUUCAAGGUGUAAAUAUCCUCAAUCGUUGAUGAUAGAUAUGUCUAGAUCUUAUAUGACUAAACAGGAUAGAAUAAAUGCAUUAAAUUUAUAUAUUGAGAAAUCUUCUUAUAACCCUCAAUUGUUACAAGAUGAUGAAGAAGAAGAUGAUGAAGGUGAGAGUGAGACCAUUGGAGAUAUUAUUCUUCGUAUAUUAUCAAUAGUAUUUCCUGAUAUAUCUCCUGGUUUAUGGUUUUUUAUUCAUUUUAUAAUGAAUUUAGUAGUUAUGUGUGUAAGUUUAAGUUCAUUAUCGGAGCCUAAUAUCCAUGAUUCUAUAUCAGAACCUAAAUAUAAUAGUAAAUUUAUAUAUGGAAGUAUGUAUUGUAGUUUUUUAAUAUUAGGUAUAAAUAUAGGUUCUUUUACAAUAUUAAUGUCAUUGCAUGCAAUAGUUCAGAAAUUUAUAUUAGAAAAAUUAUUACAACCUAGUGCUUUAUGUGCAGCUUUUUAUAAUACGGUUGAUCCUGAAUUAGUUUAUUUAUUUUGGUCUUCUAUACAAAUAAUAUAUUGGAGAACAAAUAUAAUAUUAAAAUCUGAAUCGAAUGAAAAUAAUAAUAGUUAUUAUAUAUUAAGAAUAUUUGGUUAUAAGGAUGAUGAAACACCUUUUAUGUUUUUAAAAAACAUUCAUUGGUUGAUUACAUUUCCUAUAUUAUUAUAUAUAGUUUUUGCUGUAAGAUUAUUAUUUUUGUCUAUUAUAUCUUUUAUUUUUGAAUUGGGUUUUUUAAUGAAUGCUCAUGAUUUGUUAGGUAAAUAUUUAAGAAAGUAUGGUGUAUUACGAAAAUUUAAUAUUGAAUGGUUUAUGUUUGUAGCUGAUAAACAAGAAAAUAUAAGAACAUUAUUUGGAUAUGAACUGUAUCAAGAUGAACGUAUCAUGAAACAAAUUGAAACUGAUGAUAUUAGUAGGAAGUAUAUACAAAACACAGCUGAAUUAUUAUUAUUUAAAAACUUACCUCGUAAUUGUACUUGUUGUAAAAUAACAAUAAAUAGAAAUAAAAAAAAUACUAUGAAAUUAUUAUUACCACCUGUUUUUGAAGCAAAGAAUAUUAUAAAAUCAGAAAGUUCUUCUCUAAAAAAUUGGCUAGCUUGUCAUUAUGUUGUUAAUACACCACCAUUAUUGUUUUUAUUAAAUAAUAGUAUAGCCCUAACAAAUAAAAAUUCCAUAAGAAAUGCAAGUGAUAUAUUUUUUAGACAAAUUAUUAUGUCCUUGAAAAUAUAUUAUCAAGAAAAAAAUGAUACUUAUGCAUUUACCACAACGCCCAUACAUAACAACAACAUCAAUAAUAUUAAUAAUAUUAAUAAUAAUAAUAUUAAUAAUAAUAAUAAUAAUAAUAAUAUGUCUAUGGAUGGUCUAAUACAAAGUAGUAAUAUUCUCAAUAUUAAUACAAAUGAAAAAAAUUCAUUUCUUUUAAAACACAAAAAAACAUAUCCUUCUAAAACAAAUAUAAAAAAUAAACUAAUUCAACACGACAAAUUCAAAAAAAAAAAAAAAAAAUUUUAUACUAAUAAUUCAUCUGAUGAUGAUAAUGAUGAUAAGCAAAAAAAAAUUAAUCUAGAAAAUAUUUUUCAUGAUGUAGAUACAUAUGAUGCAAAAGGGGAUGGGUCGAAGGAUGACAAUUUAAUCGAUCAGAAUAAAGAAUCAAAUAAUAUAAUAUAUGAAAACAAAAUACAAAACAUAGAUUCUAUUAAGUUAAAUGAAGAUGUGAAAAAAAAUAAAAAAAGAGAUCCAUCAAAAAAUAAAUCCAAGCAAACAGCUAAAGUAAAAAAAAAAAAUAUAACAAGUGAACAUAUAAACGUAAACCAUAUAGGACAGGCGUCCCAAAAAAUGAAGGAAAAUGAUAAAAAUAUUGAACAACCAAAUGAACAAAAAAAUAAAAAAAAAAAUAAUAAUAAUAAUAAUAAAAAAGAUAAAAUGAAUAAUAUAGAAACGGAUCACACAGUUAAUUAUAAUGCAAACAAUAUAAAACUAACUAAUAAUUACAUGGAAAAUAUUUUACAUAAUAAUAAAGAAGAAAACGGUAAUACAAUUAAAAAGGAAUAUAUAACAAAUGAUAUAUGUGAGACUACUAUGAAUAUAAUAGAAGAUGAUGAAUUAAAUGAAAAAAAAAAAAAAAAUUAUGAUAUUAUAUCUACAAUAAAUGAAAAUAUAGUGAACGGUUUGGACAAAAAAAUAAAAAAUAUAAAUAUAUAUCCAAAUGAAAUAUCUAAUGUGGAUAAUCAUAUACAUAAUAUAAAUGAUGAUAAAGAUAUAAAAGAUGGGUCUCAUUUUUAUGAUAUGACAAAUUCAAAUAUGAAUAAUGCAAAGUUUAAUAUAUUAAUAACACCUUCAUUGUCAACUAUACAAGAUAAAAAAGAUAUUAAUGAAACAUGUGAAAAGGAAUAUAAACCCAAUAAAAUGAACCACAACAAUAAUAAUAAUAAUAAUAAUGAUAAUAAUAAUAGUAAUAUUAUUUGUGGGGAUGAAAUAAACCAGACAUUACAAUAUAUUUUCAAAGAGAAUCAUAAAGAUGAAUUUAGGAACGAACUAGAAAAUUAUAAUAGCAUUUCAGUUGAUGUAAAAGAUUUUAAUAUUGAUGAUGUUUUGAAAAAAAAAUAUACAAAUGAAUCUAUUCAUCAAAUGGAAAUAAAAAGAUUUGAACAGGAUGAAGAUAAAUGUAUAGACAUAGAAAAAAAUAAUGAGAUAAUACAAAAUGGUAAGAACGAAAUAUGGCAUAGUAAUAAUAGUAAUAGUAAUAAUAAUAAUAAUAGUAAUAUAGAAUAUGAUCAUUUACAACAUAUUGAUUAUAAAAAACACAAAUUACAGUUCAAUGAUAUUCCUUUAUUGGGAGGUUUUUUUUUUAAAAGAAAGGAAGAAUGCAUAGAUCCUAAUAUUUCAAACAUUAAUAAUAAUAAACACUCAUGUAAUGAAGAUGAUGUGAACAAUAAUGAAAAUGUAGAAUAUCAUAUUCCAUUUUAUAAAAAAAAGAAAGAAAAAAAUAGCAGGAAAUUAAAAUCGAGUGGGAAGGAAAAACAUACAUAUGAAAUUAAUAAAUGUAGUAAGAAUAUAAAAAAUAAAUGGUCUUUAAAUAAGAAUAAUACAUAUUAUUAUCAUUCACAUUUAAUUAACGAAGAACUGAAUAUAUUAGAAAGAAGUGAUGCUAUAAAUAUAAAAAAAUAUGGAGAAUAUAAUAAGGAUAGUUUUAAAUUUUGUAAGAAUAUGUUUAGAUGUUUAUUUUGUAGAAGAUAUAAAAAAGAAGAAAGAUUAAAUAAGAUUCGGAAGGAUAUUUCUUUAGAUUUAGAGGAUCCUUUUAUAAUGAAUGUAAAAAGUCCUAUACAAUUAACAUUAAGUGGUAAUGAAUAUAUAACAAAAGAUAUGAUAGAAGUAUUUUUAAAACCUGAAGAAACAGAAGAAUUUAUGAAAGAAUUUGAUUUAUCUGGACAUGGAAAAAUUGAUAUAAUUAUGUUUAGAAAUGCAAUAAAAAGAGCUAUAUCAUGUAGAAAAAAAUUUAUAAAAAGUUUAAAAGGUCAAGAGAGUAUUUUAAAAUUAGUAAGAAGACUAAUGUCUAUAUUAUUAUCAUUUCUAGCUUCAGUUGUUUUAUUAUUUAUGUUUGGAGUAUCUGCAGAUACAAUUAUAGUAACAGGAGCAGCAUUUAUAACAGCAAUAACUGUUAUUUUAAGUUAUAUGUAUACAAAUUUUAUAACAUCUGUAAUAUUUAUAGCAUUUUCAAAUCCAUACAAUAUAGGAGAUAGAAUAAGAUUAGAUGGUGGUGAGGCUAUGUAUAUAAAAAAAAUAAAAACAUAUACAACUGAAUUUGAAACAACAACUGGAAAAAUAGUAAUAUAUGAAAAUUCAAAAUUAAGUAAUGUUAAAAUAUAUAAUGAAAGUAGAUCAAAAAAUGCAUACAUAGAUAUAUCAUUUAAGGUUGAUAUUAAUACACCAUUAGUUGCACUUAAAGAAUUAAGAAAAAGUUUACAAUAUUUAGUAGAUAGUAGACCAAGUGAUUUUUGUAAGACUAAAAAUUUAUAUUUUGGAUAUUCUUUACAACCAGGACAUUUUUAUGAAAUAAGUUUUUGGAUUAAAUGUGUUGAAGGCUGGGGUAAUUGGAGAAAAGUUUUUGAAUUAAGAACAGAUAUAUAUGAUUUUAUUAUAUUACAAUUACGCAUUCUAAGUAUAUCUUAUAGAUUACCUACUCAAAAAAUUGGAUUUACAGCUCCUCUUAAUAUAGCAGAUGGUUACAAUAAUAAUAAUAAUAAUAUCAAUCCUACUAAUAUACAAUCUAAUUAUAAUAUGAAUCGUAAUAUAAACCAUAAUAUGAAUACACAACAAGCUAAGAUUAAUUAUCCACCUCAUGGAAAUAAUAAUUAUCCUACUCAUCAUCUUAGAUAUAAUAGAAAUAAACCUCUACAAUAUAAUAGCCCCACAAAAGAAGCAAGAAAUAACUUAUUUAUAGAAACAGCAAAACAUAAAAGAGAAUUUGACAAUACCUCUCUUCAAUUUGAUAAGGAACAUGAUGAAGAUUCACCUCAUAUGAUGAAUAUUAAAAAUGUUGAUAUGACGGAUGAAUAUUUAAGAAAAAAUAACGUCAGAUUGUUAUAUAAUGGUUAUGAAAGUGUAAAAAGUUGUAAUGGUAAUAAUAUGGACAUAUCUAAAGAAAAUAGAAAAGGAUACAAUAGUGAAUACAACAGGGAACACAACAGAGAAUACAACAGUGGGUAUAUGUAUGAAUCGUAUCUACAAAAAAAUAACGAUUAUAAUAACAAUAAUGAUUAUAAUAAUCAUAAUGAUUGUAAUGAUUAUGAUGAUCAUAAUGAUUAUUUUAUGCAUAGUAAAAAAUUGAAAGGAAAACAUGAUUUUACUACAAAUAUAAAUCCAAAUAACAAUAAGGAAAACAUUUUGAUGAAUACAUUUCAAAAUAAAAUCGAGUCCAUACGCUCAAAAAAUAAUUACCUUGAUGUAUAUUGUGAUAAAACAUUAAAUGAAGACCAUAAGGUGUAUAAUAAUAUACCUUAUAUUAACAAUAAUGAAUAUAUAUACAAUAAUAAUAAUUAUAGGACUAACAAUAUAUUAUAUGACUAUAAAAACAUGAAAUUAAAAAAUUCUGAUAAUUCUUAUUUGUAUGACAAUGAAAAGAUAAUUCAAUGUAAUUAUUUACAAAAUAUUUCAAAUGUCGAUGUAGCUAAUCAUAUAAAUAAUAAUCAUAUUAAUAAUAUGAAGAUUAAAACAUUUGAUCAUUUUAAUCCUACACACACUUAUAAUGAUGAUAUAUAUACACCACACAAAAAUAAAGGUGCACAAAAUAUAUUUGAAAAUAUGUAUGAAUUAAAAAAUAUAUGUAACAAUAAUUGUGAUGAUAAAAAUUAUUUCUCAUAUGACAGUUCUUCUGGAUAUGAUAGUUAUGAAUGUGUUAAACAUUUUACAUAUCUCCAUGAUAAAAAGAAUAACGUUUUAUUAAAAAGAAGAAAGAUGAAAAUGGCAUAA